UCUGCUAACAACGCCCAAACUAUAGAGACAUGGAGAAAAAGACGCAGAGAAAUCGUUCAAAAAACUUCGAAUCGUCUGAAAUAACAUUGAUCACGGAACUGGUGCAACAGAACAUAUCCAUUAUCAGUGAUAAAUUUAAUUCAAGUCAGGGCACCAGUUCCGUGACCAGUGAAAAAAAAAAGUUGAUCUGGGAGCACAUAACCGAAAGGGUCAACUCUUUAGGUGUGUGCCCCAGAUCCACAAAAGAAAUUAAAAAUAAGUGGUCAAAUUUGCAUCAAGAGGCCAAAAAAGCCUACUCAGAGAAGGCCCGUGACCACCAGAGAACUGGCGGUGGUCCACCACCAAAACCUUUGACAGAGGCACAGGAGAGGAUUGUUGACAUAUACAAAGAUUGCCCCAGUUUUACGGGAUUGCAGGGGGUGGAGUCACCAAUUGAAGAUUCCAGUCUCACAACAACAGGUCAUGAGGCAGUUGAAAUUGUUAGUACGCCACAAUCAAUGAAUUUACUAUCAAAGUUUGUUGAUCAAUUCAAAGAAGGAUCUGCUAAUUCUGUAUCCACAAGCCAUCCCAGUCCAUCAAUUGAGUGUGAAGAGAGAGCACCUGCAGCAUCAACAGAAGAUGUGCAGAUCAUUGAUGUGCAUUUAACAUCUGAAAAAACCAAGAAGAGGAAAAUAAAACCUGAAGAUGUGACAAGAAUGCAAUAUGAGGUGCUGGUUGAACAAAAGAAAAAAUUAAUUCAGCAAACACUAUAUUAUGAACUAAUGAAUAAGAAGCUUAAAAUACAUCUAGACAUUGAAGAUUGAUUAAAUUAUUUGAUUAUUGUGAUUACAUAUAUCGACUUUGGUUUUAAGAGAAUAUUUGUUUGUUAUCUUAACAUAUUUUUCACACUGGUUAGAUGCAUAAUAUUGUUUUAACCAUUAGUUUCAGUAUAUUUUUUUAGCACAAUGGCCUGAAUAUCAAUUUAAAAGAUGUAGAUUUAGUAUGACUGCUUAUGGGACAGCCCAUCAUCCAAGACACAAUGAAGUUGAAUUAAGGUGGCUCAGGACUUUUCGACUGUGCAUAAUUUCACGCAUGAGUUACAAAAGUAUUUGUGGUAAAUUCAAUAUGAUUUUUUUGAAUAUUUUGAUUGAUUAGAAAUGUUGAAUCAUUGUAGCUAUGUGACUAAUAGAAUAUUUUCGUUAUUAUCUGUAUUUGUUAAAGGGUCAAAAUGACAUUUCAAUUUUCACCAUUUUCCCGUCAAAACUUGGGUUUUAAGGAAAAAUAUUUGUUUCACUUAUCGGUGACCUAUUUUUUUUAUUGGCUCAUUCUUUGAAGCUAUAUUCUAGCUUUUCAUAUAACAGUUUUUGGAGCAAUUAUCAGAGAACGUUUUUUUGAUAUUCUGAUAAAAAUAUGUCAACACCUCUAUUUUCCCGAUCAUUUCAUUGAAAAAUGGUCCUUUUACAUACCUGUUUAAAAGUAAAAUUUUGAGCUUAAAUAGUUUGUGACCCCCUAUUUUUUUCGACCAAUUUGAUUUGAUUGAUUUUCUGGAAAGAGUAAAAUAACCCAAAAUAUGGCACUCCUGAUAGAAACUUCGAUUAGGCCCGAGCCACCUUAAGCAAUUAAAGGUUGCAGUUUGUUCUGGUCUUAUACAGAACAUGAUCAAACAAGGACCCUUUUCACUUUAAUUAUAUCUAAAAUUUUUGGUAUUUUUCAGUAGGGGUCAUUUAAUAUCAUUUAUAUGUCCAAAAAUUCUCAUUGCUUAAUAACUUGUUUACUUAGUGUGAAUUUCAUGAUUUUGAAUGCUUAAAUUGUUUGUACUGUGUAGCAACUUACCUGCAUAUAUA